GACAUGUGAUUGGACGAGCGGGUGACGCCCGCAGACUGUGAGGAAGUGUCCGCGGGUUACUUUCCCGGAGACGCAUGGUGUGAGGCCGGGCUGCUCUUGGAGACAUGUCGGCUUUCUCCAUGGAGCCUCUGGGCGGAGAACCAAUGGUGAUGGGUUCGCUAACAUCUCCAAAGCCAGGUGGCAGUGCCCAGUUUCUGCCUGGUUUUCUAAUAGGUGAUCUGCCCACACCUGUAACACCACAGCCACGGUCGUCAUUAGGAUUUCUAGAGUCACGAUCACCAGUGUUGGGAGGUGGUUCUCCUCCUCAGCCUGUUGUUCCUUCUCAUAAAGAUAAGAGUGGUGCGCCCCCUGUUGGAAGCAUUUAUGAUGACCUGUUACUCCCAGGUUUUAAUACUACACCUUUACGUUCCAAAAAGCUGACGACAUUCACAGCAGGGAUUCCAUUGACCCCAUCAACUCCUUAUACAUCUUCAGGAGUAUUCAGUCCAUCAACCAUUAUGCAAAGCAGAAAAGCCACGCUAUCGCCUGCUCAGCUCGAUCCAUUUUAUACACAAGGUGAUUCUUUGACCUCCGAUGACCAGCUGGAUGAUACUUGGGUUACAGUAUAUGGGUUUCCUCAAGCCUCUGCGUCUUACAUAUUACUACAGUUUGCUCAAUAUGGGAAUAUAAUAAAACAUGUGAUGUCGAAUGCUGGAAACUGGAUGCACUUACAAUACCAGUCCAAGCUUCAGGCAAGGAAAGCUCUAAGUAAGGACGGCAAGAUAUUUGGCGAUUGCAUUAUGAUUGGCGUGAAACCUUGCAUAGAUAAGAGUUUAAUGGAAAGUAGUGAGAAGGCUUCUGCAUCAUCGGUCUAUUCAGUUGUUACGCCGCCAGUUAAAAGCGUAAGCUCUCCACGUUCAGGGAUGAGACCUCUUGCUGCAGCUUACAGAGCCUCAACUAGUCCCUACAAGGUGUUCACGGACAGACAGACCCCUAAAAAGGAUGACACCGUAAUAUCUAAAGCUCUGGAGUAUCUAUUUGGAUGGUAGUGGUUUUAAUAUCAUGCAGCAGCUUACAACAGUUGUUUUUUUUUUUACCUUAUUUAUAUUCUAACAAUUUUUUACAACGAAGAACAAUGAUAAUUCUUCAACAAUGGGUGCUAUUUUAUUAGUAUUGCUGACAAAUCAUGAAAAAUGUUUACACGCAUACCAAAGAAUAUCCCACUCGUACAGCGGUAGACUCCGAGAUCAGUGCUUGGGGACUACAUUUUAAUACUACACGUGUUAGGAAUUUUUAUUGCAUUAGAUGUGUAUCAGUGAUAAUGCACAAUCACAAAGUGCAAUAACUGCAAUGGGUUAAACAAUGGUGGAGCCCCAGCUAAAAAAAAAAUAAUAUUGUGACUGCCAAUCAAAGCAAAAAAAAAAGCACAAUUUUAGACGUGCACCAGUAUUGUUGUCAGUGUAUCAAAAGCCGGUGUAGAAAGGGCUCCAAAUGUAUUUGCCGUAUAAAUUCACGCAGUCCAUAGAAAGGAUGCCGGAGAGCUGGAUACAGUACAAAGGAGAGCAAACUGAUAAGGGUCAUGGAAGGUCUUGGUUAUAAGGAAAAAAUUUUAAAUGGAUUUAGUCUUCAGUAGACAUAAUUAAACUAUACAAAUGGGCCAUACAAAAAAAUAUGGUGAAAAGCUGUUCCAUGUGAAAUCCCCUCAAAAAAGCAGGGCACUGCCUCUGUCUGGAGAAGAAAAAGUUCAGCUUCUAGAGUCAGAAAGGCUUCUUUACUGUAAAUCUGUGGAAUAGUCUACUUCCCGAUGUGGUCACAGCAGCAACCGUGGGUAGUUUUAAAAUGGGCUUAGAUUAAAUUAUUAAUGAAAUUUUUUUUUAACUGUAUUAUCAGAUAUGUAAACUAGAUAUGCAAGAUACUUUGAGAGGAAUUUAUUUCCCCCUAUGACAUUUUUUUGUGUUAAGUUGAAAAACCCGGUUUUCUGACUUAAGUUGUAAUUUGCAUUUUUAUGCUGCCUUCGCCAGUUUCCAAAAAAGGGGAGGCCCAGGCACAUUUAUGCCAGAAACUAGCAUAAAUUAUAACUAGUCUAAGGUAGCUGCAAGUCCUAGGUCUGUCCCUCCUCGGGGACACGCUAGUCUUGAUAAAUCAGGGCCUUUGUAUCUCGUAUGCUGUUUUGCAUUGGCUAGAAAAAAAA